AUGGUACAACUACCUGUGACGUUAUGGGAAGUUAUCACAAAUGUAAGACCUUUUACCUUUAGUGUUCAGCGAAGGCGUCUGAUUAAAAUUGUUGCUAUUACCAAAGAUCCCAUUGCAAGGAAAAAGAUUAUGCAGCAAUUAGGCCUGCAUGAGAAUUUGCGAUACGAUGGACCCCUGUAUAAUUCACACAUAAAUACGAUCCUUGGUGGUGCGCGUUUGUCACGUCGAGUGGAGUACCAGCGCGAGCUGUUGGAUGGUUUGGAUGGCAAUCCGAUUUGUGUUGACUGGUUGCAAUGUCAUAGAGACUCGAGUUCACCAUCACAAAAAGGAGCUGUUGAGUUUCCACAAGGCUUGGUUCUUGUGAUCCCUGGAGCCGCGAACACCAGCCAAACCCCGUACAUUCAGCGUUUUGCCCGGUUAUCUAUUUCUCGUGGUUAUAACUGCUGCAUUUUGACGCCGCGAGGCCUGGGGUCUGCCCCCGUGAAGGUGCCCCAGUUGACCUGUACUACCUUUACCGAUGAUCUUAGGGUACUCCUACGUGAGAGGUUUUCAAAAAAACGCAUUUUUGAGGAUUAUGGCAGAGAGCUGCCCUUGUUUGUUGUAGGUUACAGUGCUGGUGGUAAUACAGCAAUAAAGGGCAUAGCGGAGGAGCAGGCGGUUCUUGAUCAGUACUACCCUUCUGGUUUUCCCGUAACCUGUUGCAUUUGCAUGAAUUCGCCCUAUGACAUGAUAGUUUCUGCAGACGGUAUAAACAGCAAGGCUGGUGUCCUAUUUUACCAGAAAGGAAUGUUGAAUACCUUUAAAAGAACAUUAAGAAAACACAGAAAAUUGAUUGACCAGGGUUUGAAGGGGAUGUCUAUCGAAGAAAGCAAUGUUGACAAUCUCAUAAAACAAAUGUCUACAAUUGAUAAUAUGGUACUACACUAUAUUCUACCUCACUUCAGGUACAACAAUAUGGAAGAUUAUUACAAAGAUGGUCAUGUACCCACGUGGAUUCGACAUAUAAAAUCGUUUCCAGUUGUUGCUGUUGCCGCUCGCGACGACCCCGUUGUGUUGUACGGAGUGACAGCGCAAAACUGGCAAGAUAUGGCAGAUGCUCAGCCGAACAUUGUGUAUGUUGAAACGUCUGUGGGCGGCCACUUGGGUUAUGUAUUGCAUCCAGUAGACGAAUGGCAUGAACGACCGAGUUUUUUAAUUAAUUUUCCAUUCCAUGUGAUUGAUCAUUACACUGCAUCUUCGCAAGGCUCAUAA